AUGCUAACUUGUGUUCAUAAAGGUUGCGAAAAAACAUAUAAUGAGGAAGAAAACGAUGAUAACGCUUGCCUUUAUCAUCCAUCACCUCCAAUUUUUCAUGAAGGAUUAAAAGGUUGGCAAUGCUGUAAUCGCCGUGUUACGACAUUUGAUGAAUUUCUUGCAAUUCCAGGAUGUACUCGAGGACGGCAUACAGAUCAAUUGGAAAACCCUCCGGAGAAUACUACUACCACUUUAGAAACAGAAGCGCCCGCCACGAAGGCUGCCACACGAGUCGAGAAUGGUGUCGAGAUAUAUGAUUCCGGUCCAAAGAUUUCAUAUACUCAAACAAUAUCUAAAACUAUCACUGAGGAGCCUAAACUCGCACCUAUUGAGAAAGAGCCAGAGGAGGAUGAUUUGAACAUUCCCGUAGCUUCGGAUACAGAAUGUAAGAGACCAUCGUGCGGCAAAAAAUACGUGGAUGAUGCAACAAGUCGAGGGGAAGGACCAGAGGCUGAAUGCAUUUAUCAUUCUGGUACCCCAGUUUUCCAUGAAGGCAGUAAAGGUUGGAGUUGCUGUUCUAGAAAAGUACUGGAAUUUGAAGAAUUUUUAAAGAUAAAAGGAUGCAAAAAAGGAAAGCAUCUAUUUGUCGGAUCUGGUAAAGAAGUUAAAAAUGUUGAAAAAGAAAUUGUACAAUGUCGACAUGAUUGGUAUCAAACUCCAACGCAUAUCAUUAUGUCAAUAUUUGCAAAGAAAGUAGAUAAGCAAAACUCUUCCGUUACUUUCAGAGAAAAAGAGCUGGAUGUUGACUUGAAGAUGCCCGAUGAAAAGAGAUUUAUAACUACAUAUCCAUUAUAUCAAUUGAUUGAUAAAGAAAAUUCUACAUUUGAGAUUCUAACCACUAAAGUAGAAAUUAAAUUAAAGAAAGCAAAUGGUAUUUCUUGGCCAUCAUUGAAAUCUGAUGAAAACCUGGGAAUUGCAACAACAUUUGGUGUUCAAGGUGGAGCAGCCACAGUUGGAGGCAAGCAGUAUACUUUAGCUACAGAUUCACCAUUAUAUGCGAACAAGUAA